AUGCUGACUUCUCCUGAUGACUUGUCCUUCAUGUGCUUAGAAAUGGUUCCCAGGAUUAGUUGUCCCAUCGCCUUCCCAGGGACAGAGGUGAGGCAGACCCCCUGCUCCCAGGACCCCCUGGCACCGCCAGCCCCCCCGGCUCUGGCUCCCUGCUGCUGCUGCAGCACACCCGCCCCCAGCCCUGGCCGGGGGAGGCUCCAGGCCCGCCGGCAGCUGAGCAUUGCCUGCACCGUCUGCUGCAUCUUCAUGGUCGGGGAGGUGAUAGGCGGGUACCUGGCACACAGCCUGGCCAUCAUGACCGAUGCAGCCCACCUGCUGACAGAUGUGGGCAGCAUGUCCGUCAGCCUCUUCUCCCUCUGGGUCUCCACCCGCCCACCCACUAAGACCAUGAACUUCGGCUGGCAUCGCUCAGAGAUGCUGGGCGCGCUGGCCUCUGUCCUCUCCAUCUGGGUUGUGACCGGAGCCCUCGUCUACCUGGCAGCCGCCCGCAUCGUCAGCAAUGACUAUGAGAUUGAGGCGCAAGCUAUGCUGGCUACAUCCGCCAGCGCUGUCGGCGUCAACGUGGUCAUGGCCUACAUCCUGCACCAGUCCCCCGCCGGCCAUGGCCAUGGUGCAGGGAGCUACGAGCAGCUGGAGAGCACCGGGGGCUGCCUGCCCAGCCAUGUCCCCCUGCCCGGCAGCACCAGUGUCCGUGCAGCCUUUGUCCACGUGGUGGGUGACCUGCUGCAGAGUGUCGGUGUCCUUGUGGCUGCCACCAUCAUCUACUUCAAGCCCCAGUGCAAGAUCGCAGACCCCAUCAGCACCCUUUUCUUCUCAGUCUUCGUCCUCGGUUCCACCUUCACCAUCCUCAGGGAUGUUUUCAGAGUCCUCAUGGAAGGGACGCCGCGGGGUCUUGAGUUCGACUUGGUGAAGGAGGUGCUGCUGGGGGUGAGUGGGGUGAAGGGCGCCCACAACCUCCAUCUCUGGGCCCUGACGUUGAGCCACCACGCAGUGUCGGUGCACGUGGCUGUCGAUGCCAGCGCUGACCCCCAGACAGUGCUGUGGGAAGCCACCACCCAGCUGCAGAGCAAGUUCGGCUUUGCCUCGUGCACGGUGCAGGUGGAGCAGUACUGGGAGGAGACGGCAGCCUGCCAGCACUGCCAGGACCCCCGCGCCUGA